AUGGCGGCGGGCUACGCGGAGGAGCUCCUGGGCAGGGUGUCGAGCCUGGUGGAGACGUGCACCCGGCGCGUGUCGCGCGCCACCCGUCGUCUCCUCCGGCACCGGAAGACGAGGCCGCCGCCGGCGCUGUGCGCGCGCGGCGCGGCCAUCGACAAGAAGGGCGGCGAGGUGGCGCUGUGGAGCCGGCGGAUCCUGAUGGGGGAGCGGUGCCAGCCGCUGGACUUCGCGGGCGCCAUCCACUACGACAGCUCCGGGCGGCGGCUGGCGCGGCCGCCCACGCCGCGCUCCGCGUCCUCCCUGUCCUGCCGCUCCUGCGACGCCAGCUACCUGGAGCACGCCGACGCCUGA